AUGUCUUCGCUCUCGCUGCGCUUUUCCGCGCUCUCGGCUGGCAACAAGUCGUACAACCCGCCCAAACCCACCUUCCACUCGCCCCAGCUCAAGGCGUCCCGCCACACCUCGCUCGCACCCUCCAGCAGCGCUACCGUCCCGCUGCGCGCGUCGCAGACCCUAGCCGAUCGACCUCGCACCGCACCGAAUCAGAACAAACCGUCCGGGUUGAGGAGUGUCUCUGAGUUCGGCAGCGUCGACCUCGACGCUCUCGAAGAGAGUGCAGAGAGCGAGGCCGAGCCGCAUACCUCGUGGCUCGAGCUGGACGAGGAUGUAGCACCGAGUGCGUCGCGUCGGCGCAGCAGUACACUCUCGUCGGGCGUCGAGUAUGUCCACACGCCCAACCCCAUCAAGAGCCAGUUUGACGAUUCCGACGACGAAGACCAGCCGCUCUCCACACGCCUCUCGACCGUGCCGCAGUUUGCACGUCUUGCAGCACUCGGUUCGACGCGCCUGUUUCGCCGACAUGUCCGUGCAUCCUCCUCGAUCGACCUUGGCCACAAGCGCGCCGCGCCUAGUGUUGGUGCACCACGCAAGGCGGUAGUGGGCGACCGACCCAGCGCGACCGAGCUCGAGCACGUUAAACCCGCACCCUCGGCGCUCGAGAGGGACCUGGUUCGCAGCCUCAAAGGCUCGAGCGCCAAGGACCGCAACAAGGCUCUUCCCCGACCACCGGAACGUUUGCGACGAUCCCGCGAUUCCACCACCACCAUCGACGGUCCUCCUCCUGCGUACGUCGAAGAAGCUGGUCUGCGCAAAUCGCGCUCUCUCACCACACUUCGCCUCGAGCAGCGCGGCGUCGAGUCGCUCGAGCGCAUUGCUGAGGAUCUAGUGUCUCCUCUACCGCCGAGUAUGGCUCUGCCUGUGCUGCCGCCGAUCGAGCGCAGUCGGGCAUUCAGCCUGAGCGAGAUCAAGCGCACGGCGUUGCCGCCGCAGAAGCCGCCUCCCAAGGCGCAGCUGCCUCCGACGCCGCGCGACUCGGGCAGCCAGUCGUUCGAAUCGGCAAAGUCCAACCCCACAUCGCCCACCGCUCUGACGACAUGGUCCAUCCUCGAUGCGUAUGCCCACUCGCCUCUGCCUCUCACCCCACACACAUGGCAAGCCGAUGCCAAGGUCGAGCUCAACGUCGGCGGGACGAGGUUUACCACGCUAGCCUCGACUCUGCGGGGGGAAGAGGGCGACUGUCCGCGCUUGUUGCUACCACGCCCCAUUGGACGGUCUCGGCAAAAGUCCCAAGCGGACUUGGAAGAGCGUGCGGACGAGACGGAUGCGGCGGGCAGUUCGCACUCGAGCUCGCCGUCGACGUUUGCAUGCGAUCUAUCCCAGACGGAUUCCGUCUCCACGCGUCGCACCAGUGGCGUCUCUGAGCCCCAUCACGACCCACAAGCUCCCGUCAUCUUUGUCGAUCGAAAUCCCGAGCUAUACACCGACAUUCUCGACACGCUGCGAUCCUCCAAGCUUCCCUUCCGUCUGCAUGCCGCUAGCCUCGCCGCGCCGUGUGGGCAGGAUCAUGGUUGCCCGCUCGUCGCGCUGCGCAUGACGCUGCGGUGCCGACUCACCGAGCUGGCGCACGAAGCCGAGUGGCUAGGCUACCAAUCCAUCUCGCUCCUCUGCAAGCACCAACUCAACCUCCUCUAA